AUGAUACUCUAUGAUCAAGAGAUAGAGCAAGAUUUCAGGCGCAUUCCGAACAUCGAUUCACGCAAUAAUCCUCAUCACAUUGACAUCAAGAAAACCCCAGAUUCUCAGAUCCCAGCUGCGAUAAACACGCCUCCAACCAGACCUGGGGCAGAUUCGAUCUCAGACACUGAAAGCGAAGGCCUGCAAGCCGCGAUUGAUGCUGUCGAGCAAUUCCUACUCGACAGCAUCGAACCAGCUACUGCACCGCGCCCUAUCCCCCAAUUAUCCGUGCUGCCGCCGCCAAUCGUCACAUUAGACCCUGUUCCUCUCCGAGCACCAUCCAUUCUUCUGACGAAAUCCGACAUGGAGAUUGAUCUGGGCCCACAGCCUGAAGACGAGCUGCUGAGCUCUCAGAUGUCAGAUGGAGCAAAUCAUCUUCGAUGUGAUGGGUGCGGCGAGGAACGGGACGAUGCGGACGAUUCAAAAGAGGAUGGGGAGGGCGAGGGCGAGAUCAUUCAGUGUGAUGGCCCUUGCAAACUGUGGUCACAUACCGCGUGUCUUGACGACUCAGUCGAUUGGACCCAGCACAAUGUUCGCUUCCUGUGCAGAGAGUGCGACGUUCCCCAACCCGGAUCUGUGCUCCCUGUCACUUAUCCCAAUAUGGCUGAUCCUCUCGACGUUUAUAGCAGGAUUUAUCCUGCCGUGGUUGUCAAAAGACACAUUGAUCGCCAGGCCCAAUCGAACGAAUACGAGUUACAAUGGUCUGAAUUGGUGGUCUCAGGACCGGAACCUCUUGGGACGUUCUUCCUCCCGCGCAACACUGUCUUGUAUUAUCGCAUGAUCUGCGGUCAGGGGAAGGUUCCUCACGCAAAGAUCGGGAAAUAUCGUCUUCCGUGGUCCCAAAAUCCGGAUUCCGAAGCCCACAAUGAGUCGGAUCUGCGUGGAAUCUUCACAGGUGCGAUCCCUGCUAUUGUUGCAACUCUCGUUGCGUGGGACCGGGCACAUCCUGUUGUAAACUCCUGGCUCAAGUACUCGGAAAGCCAAGCUGGCAAGAAGAUAUCUGGGGCCAUGAAGGAAAUGAGCUGGAUUGUUGAUUCCCUGCAACUCAGAAUGACAGGAGAACUAGAAAGCUGUCUGGGCGACGCGGCGGGACAGGUGAUGUGUUACAAGGACCCCACAUUCCAGAAGCUCCCUCAAGCAGAUCGGUAUGAACGUGUCCACACCGUGGGAACCGUCCUACUUCAUUUACUGUUCAUGCAACGGGAGCUCGGUGAGCCAUUGGAUGUGGGUGGGGAGACCUUCGAGAACUACGAAUGCUCGAAGAUCGCAUGGAACUGGGAGAUCGAACGCAUCCAUCGAAUGAUGGAUGGCUUACACAAGCCCGAGGUCGCCUCCGAUGACAUUCUGGAAGCAGGACACGUAGAACGAGUCAAUUUCAAGCAACAACAUUGUGUGCUUGAUCGGGACACUCAGUUGCGCGCCUAUCGCCGGAUUGGAGGCGUGGCACCAACGAGCGCGGUGGUUCCAGUCGUACCCAAGCGCGCAAGGGAGCGAGGGGAAGAUGUUCAACCUGGACCACGGCCGCAACCGAGACCAGUGAACCCGAAAUUCAAGCGACGCAAGGCAGCAGGGGUAGCACCGGCAACGACACGCCAAACGAGAUCUAGUUCAAAGAAGUAGGAUAUUGAAGACUUACAGCUCAUUAGAUAACUUUCUUGUUUACGAAUACU